AUGGAUCAGGACAUCCAUGGCGAUAAUAAGAGGAUCUGGCCUAGACAAGCACCGCUGCGAAUUGCAGUGAAACUGGGGAUCCGCCAAGGACAGCGAGAAGAAACCUGCGCCGAUACCAGCCAGGGCCAGGCCCAACCGCCAUGCAGUGAUCGGAUGCUGAUCUGCUCCCCGACUGGAGCUGCAAGCUUCCUUUGCCGUCCGCGUGACUCGCCUCUACGCCACUGCUAUCAGACUAAAUUCUGCCCCUUAUCGGCACUCGAUAUUGUCCCCAUUGCCCCAUGGAUCCUAUCUUCUCCCAACACACUCACCGGGAGAAGUCCCGAAGCUCCCGGCGCGCAUUGGGCACUCAAAGUUGCCCGUAGCUGCCACUACGGAUGA